CGUGAGGAUGGACAAACGUGUGGCGGUAANGGUGCUCGUAGCUGCCGCUUUAGCUCAGGUGAGCUGCGGCUCCUUCGGGUGGAAGAAGGUCAGGAACGUACAGGUUUUGGGUUUCGACUGGAAGAACUGCGGACCGCCUGAUGCUCCAGCUGUGCUGAAGACCCUCACCAUGUCUCCAGACCCAAUCUCCAUCCCAGGUGAUCUGACAGCCUCCGCUUCUGGGUCCACAGCCGUUGAACUCGGUGCUCCUCUGUCUCUAAAUGUAACUCUGGAGAAGGAGGUGGCAGGUUUCUGGGUGAAGGUGCCCUGUCUGGAUGAGGUGGGCAGUUGUCACUAUAAGGACGCCUGCGAUAUCCUGAGCCAGCUGAUCCCGCCCGGUCAGGACUGUCCCGAACCGCUGCACACCUACGGCCUACCCUGCCACUGCCCCUUCAAAGCUGGUUCAUACACGUUGCCACAGUCAAUCUUCUACCUGCCCAACAUCGAUCUGCCCUACUGGCUGACUAACGGGGACUACCGGGUUCAGGGGGUCCUCGGCAGUCAGGGCAAAGAGCUGGGCUGCCUCAAAGUCACGCUCUCCAUCCACUCAGACUGAGCUGUCAGCUGGAGCCUCAUGGUUUUAAAACUGGGAAAUGAAAAAAGUUUUUACCAAUGAGGAAGGGGAGAUGUGGGAUAAUAAUCAGAAGAAAAGACAACAAAAACAGGUUUUAUGGGAUGAAACGCACAGAACAUGAGCACCUGCAGCAAUGUACGAAACCAGGCGCAGUGAUGCACUGAAACAUUCUCUUUAGUGAAAUUACAGGUUUUCUCCACGUUAAGAUGCAUCCAAGCUGCUCUUCUUUCACUCUGUAUGAACACAAACUGCGUCACUGUAUCUGCUGGACCUCUUAUCGUGCUUUUUAACCAUUGAGAACGAUUUUACAGGAGCUGAAAUUUUAUUAAAACGACUUUUAAUUGCUGGAAAAGCUACUGAAGUUCCUGUUGUUCAUCAACUUUUUAUAGUUUUCAUCUCCUGCAGUAACAGAAAAACUAAUUAGGAAAAAGCGAAGCCUUUAUGUCGAAAUAUGACGUUAUUAUUAGACGGGUAUGAAAUGAUCUGCUCACAUGAAGGAAAAUAGAUUAAAACAUGGAUGACAGAGAUGCAUAAAUAUGCUGAAAUAAAUCACAUGAAUACUCUUAAUGAAAUAAUAGAAACCAAUCUCUUUAGUUUUGCUUUAAGCUCCACUUGAGUCUAAAUCUCAACCUUCAGUUAUUCAACCAGUCCUGCACCUCAGUCAGUCCCCAAAGGUCUGACUGGUUUCAUGUGUCCUGAGGAACUAAACCUGUCACCAUUAACAUAAAGAAUAACCACUUGAGCUCUUGCUCCUGUAAUAAUAAU